UAACAACAACAAUAUUUACAAGAAAAAGAAUUCGAAAAACCCACAUAUCAAACAAUUGCCUUCGCGGCGUAGGUGGAAGUGCCUAUGCGCCCAUAAUAAACAAAAAAAAAUUAAGGAAUUCCACCAGCAAAAUGUUUACGUUUACAAAGUGUUUUUGUGUUCUUUUUAAUGCUGAUAUGAAGAAAAUAUUUACGCUUUUUAUGGUGAACCACAAUCGUUGCCUCUUCACCUGAGUACGAAUUUUGCCCCCAAAAAAACAUCAAAUUUCUCAAAACGACGGAAAAAGUUGUGAAAAAUUUUUAGAAAAAGAAAAUCGAAAGAAAAAACAAAAAGAGUUUUUCCGUAUUGUAGUGUGCGUGUAUGCAAGUGCUUCAGCACUGUAUGGUGGCAGUGCCAUUGUUGUAUGCCAAAUUACAAAAGUAAAAAAAAACAAAACAUUGAUCGAAAGCAAAUUUCAAGAAGCAAGCCAUUGUUUAACACUUGGAUAGAAAACAAGACGAAAAGUGUUUACAGCAACCCGAAAACAAAGCAAAAACCGUACUAAAAACAACAACAACAAAUAUCUAAACAAUUAGAAUGUCUUCAUAUCGCAGCAGUUAUACAUCAUAUAAAUCGUCUCUGCCCUCUUCUACCUAUAAAUCAGGAUCCUCAACCAGUUCGUAUUCCCCACGUGAUGAGAUCAGUAGCUCCACAUCACGCUACCCAUCCACCGCCUACUCCUCCCCCACCGCCUACCGACCCUCCUUUUCGGGUGGUACCUAUCGUGUGAAACGCGAAACACCUGUGGCACCUGCCCCUACCUAUGUUAGCCGUUAUACACCCAUCUCAACCACCUGCUCCUCCUCAUCCAACACACUAUCGAAAGCUGACAGCACCACCGGAAGUGGUCUGGGUGAUUUGUACAGCAUGAAACCCAGCAGUCAACUAAAGCGUUAUGGCUCAACAUGCAGUAGUUUGGGUAAAUACUCAAGAGAACCCAGUCCAGCUGCUUUGGAACAUACGAAUCGCAUACGUUCGCGUGAUCCCAGCCCGGUGAUGAGAUCAAUAAGGGCUGCUUCGCGGGAUCCUAGUCCCGGUUUGGACAGCAAAUACAAAUUGGGCAAUUAUGGCAGUGGAAAUUCUUAUCGCAUGAAUAUGCCCAAGGCAGCUGCGACGACGCCAUCAUCUCCCUAUAAUGCACGUUAUGGUGCGGCACGCACACCCUCCUCCAGUUCAUUGGGGGAAAAGUCUUCACUGUAUGGUGGCGGUGGUGUUGGGGGUGGUGUUGGUUCGAGUGCCACCAGAACUCCUUCUUGCACUUCCUUGGCGGAAAAGUCUUCCACCUCCUAUGGUAUGGCAGCCUCAAAACGAACACCUUCCUCCACCUCACUGGCUGACAAGACAACGAGCUAUGGCAAUAGCAGCACAAAGCGAACUCCCUCCUCUUCGUCGUUGGCUGAUAAAUCCUCUGCUUAUGGCUCGGCAAGUGCUAGACGUACACCUUCUUCGACUUCCCUAACAGAGAAAUCUUCAGCCUAUAGCUCCUCCAGCACCAAGCACAGUCAGUCUCCCACUCCUAAGGGCGAUAGGACUCCGGCCUAUAAUCCCAGCAGUCCAAGCAGCACAAGAAAAGCUCAACCCAGUGUUAGGCGCACACCCUCUUCCACAUCGAUAUCGGAGAAAUCUUCAUCGGAAAGAACUUCAAGUGACCACCAGCAGCCGGCUCGCUGCUUAAGUAAACCAAAGAUGUUUCAGCCUAGUGAAAAGGAAAAGGAGAUUGCAAAGCCAAAUGAAACACCACCAACACCGCAACUGCCUGCCAUUGUCAUUCAUGAGGAGGAAAAUCAGCUAGAGGAAUCUGAUACCACCGAGGAGGAUGAGUCUGAUACCUCUGAGGAUGAUGAACUAGAGGAGCCAGCUGAACUAUUCCUAGCCGUAAGCGUUUGCAAUCGAGGAACUUCGCCCAAUCCCCCAGGUAACCGGGCAAUGAAUAUGCAAACCAAAAAUGCUGCUGACAUUGCUGGCACAGUGGAGAAGACCAUACUGCGCUCCACCAAGAAGAGGAAGAUGUUGGAAAAGGAAAUGCAGUCCGAGCGAGUAGAUGAUGCCAGCAAGUAUACCAAAUACGCCUACAAUAGUCGCCUUUCGCCCUUGAGUCCCCGUAGUGAUCGUUAUUCACCUUCGAAUCUGCGUUACAGCAGUAGCCCCUUAUCCUCAACACCCUCGAAAUCCUCCUCUUUGUCCACCAAUGAGGAUAGCAGGCGCGAAGAUUCCACCACUUCCAGUGGUAGCCCGGUGCGCAGUCCCAAAUCACCUUUGCCAAAGUCCAAGCUUUCCCCUCCCAGGGCGGGAAGAUUAAAGUCUCGUCAAUCGUCAAUGGAAAGCCUAAGUCCCAAUAAACCACCCAUGGGUCCCAAGGGAGAAUCCCCUCUGAAAUUGAGCUCACCCAAUGCGAGCAGCCUUUGCCUGGGCGGCAGCAAAAUACCAAAUAAAGAUUUUCGCAAAUCCUCCCUCAAUGUGGGACCCACUGAGCGCACAGCGAGAAAGUCCAGAACGCCCAGCACAGGCAAUGACUCGGACUUCAAUACCAUAGAGGCAUUAAAUGGAGCCUUGCAGGCCAUACAACGCUUGGAGAGAUCACCCAGUGCAGGAUCGGAGGUGAGCAAUGCUUCCAGUCGCUCGCUGAGAAGUAGAAAUCUCAACGAGAGUAAAUUGCGCCAAAGAUGCCUUGGCAAGCCUUUGGGCAGCAGAACCCCACCCUCGCCCCUCAGCAGGCAAAAUAGUGGCACAAAUUUGAAACAGCGAACACCCAUGAUAGCAUCGCCCUUGGCGGCGCGCUCCACCAAAAUCAUGGUGGCCCCGGUAACAUCCUCCUCCAGUGGCAAUGAUAGUUCAGGGGAAAUAAAAAAGACUCACAAGAAGGUGGCCAAGAAAAAGAUGGCAAAGGAAGUGGCAAAUUCAGUUUCCAGCACCAGUUGCUCCAUUAGUCUCAGCAGCAGUAGUAGUGGUGGUGGUGGUGGUGGUGGUGGUGGUAACAACGAUUCUGAUAACCAAAGUUCGAAUGCUGCCAAAAGACAAUUGCCACAACCGAAAGUGGUGGUGGUGGCCCCCAGCACCACCCCAGUGACUGCUACUCCCAGCACCACAACAACCCUUGAGAGUGUAAAAGCAAGCAAGAAAUCUGAGUCAUCUGCCCUCAAAAAAUCUUCAUCGAACUCUUUGCGACCCGACAAAGAUCCCCUCCGGCGCUUGAAAAAAUUAUCGUCUGUCUCGAAUUUUUUCGUAACCCAACAGAAAGUAACCAACAGCGAUGACCAGAUAUAUCUAGAGAGCACCGAGACCUCAGGUGGGGGCAGCAGCAGCGCUGGCGGCGGUGCAGAGGGCGGCGCGGAUGGGGGUGGCGGGGCGACAUCAACAUCUACUGAUUUAGAUUUGCCAUCGUCAAAAUCAUCAUCGAAGAAGAGCAUCAGUCUAACACGAGCCAACGAAACGAAAACAUCGAAACUAGCGAAACCAUCGAACUGCAGCACAAGUGCCAGUAAUUCAAAUAGUCCGGUUCACUUUGCCAAAAGUUCUACAGCAAGUGAACCUCAUUUGAGUAGUGCCACAACGAAAACAUCCUCGAAGUCAAGCAAAACUUCCGCCUCCAAGUCAAAGACGAAAUCAAAGUCGCGUUCGGCAUCCGUGAACGCUUCAUCGACAACUUCCGGAAGCCACAACGACUCCGCAGAAAUGCCCACUGACCAGCGAACAGAGUCUGUGUCGCCAUACUUGGCCACAACGACGGCGACAACGACCACCACCAAUGUUACCACCUCUACGGGAGGCACUGACUCCGAGGAGGCCAGCUGGUGGCAGGAUACAAGUCAACAGAUCGACACCUCGUCAGCCUUGGACUGCAGUUUCAAAGAUGAAAUGCGUUUCAAGGUAAGACAUGUGGAUUCCGGUGAAACCGCCUGGUGGUUGCGCAACGAUGACAACGAAGCAGAGGAGGUGGAGGAAGAGGAGAACGAUAUAACCACAGAUGUGUUUGACGAAAACGGUGUCAACACCAACGAUCCCACAACGAACUAUCGCAAAGACAUCGCCCUAAGUGAACUCGAUUACAAAGCCCAAGAGGGAUGUUACUAUGAGGAAUCUGCCCAGGAUACAAUCGAUGGAGAAGUGCGUCAAUUUCCACGCAGUCAUCUUACACCCGAAACUGAUUGGUGGAACGAUGACAAUGGCGAAGGAGAGCAGGAGGAGCAAACAUCAGCCGAACAGGAAUAUGCCAUAGCCACUGCGCCACCCAAGCAAACCCAAACCAUACAAUUGAAAAUAUGCCGUGUGGAGUCGGGGGAAAUCCCUUGGUGGCAGCAGCAAGAAGAGGAAGAAGAAGAGGCAGAAAAUCAACAAGACAUUAGCCAGCCGGAAGGUGAAGCAGCCGAAGAAGAUGACCAAGUCAUAACAUUUGAAGCGCAAAGGCCACAGGAUACCACAGAACCUUCAUCCACAGCCAGUUCCUCUGCGGAUCACAACAAAAAAUGGUGGCUCUCUGGUCCCAGCAAGAAACUCUUUAGCAUUCCCCGGGUAGAGUCUGGCGAAAAAGCCUGGUGGCAGGUGGAUAACUCCGACAAGGAAAGCAAACGUAGCAAAUCUCAGGAUCCUGUGCAACAACAACAACAGCAAACAACCGAACAAACACCUCCACCACCCCAAGUUGCGAACCCCCAAAACACGCGCUUUCAAAUGCCUCGUGUUGAGUCGGGAGAAAAGGCUUGGUGGUUGGCUGAAAGUUCUGACAAAGAUGAGAAACGCAGCAAGUCCAGGGAACCAGAACGUUGGAAGGACAGCCGUUCGCCUUCGUCUCGCCAAAGCCAAAGUCCCAUCAAAAAGCUGUUUAAUUUAACCCGAGUCGAUGCCGAUCAUGAGGAGGAGGCUUGGUGGCAAUCGGAGCCCAAUGAAAGAGGCAAAACUCGCAGCAGAUCUCGCGACUCGGAUCAAUGGAGCAACGGUCGCCAUCGCUCAAGGCCUGAUCAACGGCAACAUUCAUCCACACCUCCUGCCGAGCAUGCCAAGCAGCCAAUGUGGUUCGAGUCACCCAGAAGCAGUGAAAGUCCAGUCAAAAGAGUUUUCACUCAACAACAAUCGCUGGAGGAGCAGAAAGAACGCUGGCUGGAGGAACGUAAUCGGCAAUACCAGCAAGAGCAAGCAGCCCAGGAAGUGUAUAGGCAAAGCCAACAAAUUCAUGCUACGGAUAACCAAAAACAAUGGCCUGAACUACCCUCCCAACGCUCACACGAGUAUGAAGAGGAACCUGAGGAGGAGGAGGAGGAGGAGGAGGAGGAAGAAUCGCACCAUCAUCAUCAGCCACAAACAUCCUUUAUGCCCUCAAAUCGUGCUGACUCACAGACCGAACUGAGUAAUUCAUUUAAUUUUGAGUAUUCAGAACGACCACCACCGCUGGGUCAAUGUGCCAGUCCGGUGCAGAAUGAAGAGGAGGUAGUGGCCGCAGCAACGGCAGCAACAAGAAGAGAACCGUAUUGCUCAUCGCCCUACGACAACAUUCCAAUGACAAAAGUUCAACAACAAACUAUGGCAAUGGGGAGCACAGCAUCAGUGGCCACCACAAAUCUAAUGCCAAUUUUAGGUGCUACAACACCACCACCAGCACCACCAACCAACAACACAAAGCCCGCACACUUGGCCUACAAUAAUAAUAAUAAUGCAAACAAUGCCAGCCACAUCUAUCAGCAAGAGCACCUGAAUCAACAACAACAACAACAGCAGCAGCAACAAAACUCAACAUCACCACCAUUAGUACACCAACAGCACUACUACUCUACGCCAUCUCCACCACACACCUCAACACAACAAAGACCACAACCACAGCCGGCACAAUACAACAACAACGAGUUGCGUGCUACAAAUGGUAAACUUUUCAUUUCGCGCCAUCAAAACAUCGAUGAGCUUUUGAGUGGUUCGUGUCGUCCCUUAAGUCCGUUGUUCUUUGAAAACGACAAUGGCAGCUUUCAAACAAUGCCCACACAACGCAACAUGUUUCUGGGGGAGAUAACGCCCGACCAAGUGCGCAUUCACGAUAGCACAGCACAAAUGCCGCACAUUCAACGCAUGGAUAGUCGAGACGAAUGGGAUCGUGAUACACAAAGGACGUCUAAUGCAAGAACACCGCCACGCUUUGAACAAAAAACGAUUGAUGAUGCAGCCAUACAAGUCUACAAAGAUGGUGAUUAUGGUGCUUAUUUGGAUUUGGAAUCCUCAUUGGCCGAACAGGCUGAAGAAAUUGAAGGCCUUAAUUCUAGUCGCAAAAAUUCUUUGGUUGUACGCACCCAGUUGAGUGUCAGAGUACAUGCGAUUAUUGAAAAACUUUUGUCCGCCGAAGGAAGUGAUCUGCGACGUGCCUUGUUUUCCUUGAAACAAGUUUUUCAAGAGGAUAAAGAUCUCGUGCAUGCCUUUGUGGCAUUAGGUGGACUCAACUGUUUGGUGCGUGUCGGUAAUGGAGCCGAUCAAAACUAUCAAAAUUAUAUAUUGCGUGCAUUGGGUCAGGUUAUGCUCUACGUGGAUGGCAUGAAUGGCGUUAUGAAACACGAGCCCACUAUGCAGUGGCUAUAUUCAUUAAUCGCAUCCAAUUAUCGUUCCGUGGUCAAGACUGCGCUCAAGCUGUUGCUGGUGUUUGUCGAAUAUGCCGAAUCCAAUUGCCAUGUGCUGGUCAGUGCCAUACACUCUGUGGACAAGCAGCAAGGCACACUGCCAUGGUCAAAUAUUAUGAGACUUUUAAAAGACUACGAUAAUGCCGAUGCUGAACUGGUGAUAUAUGCAGCGUCGCUGAUCAACAAAACCUUGGGUGGUUUAAAUGAUCAGGACAGUUUUUACGAUGAGAGUGAUCUGCUGGAGCAACAAGGCAUGGAAUCUGUGAUACAACAUUACAUGUCCAAAACAGGGACUGAUAUAGAUCUAAUAAAUCAAUUGCAACUCUAUGAGGCGGUAUUGAAGUUUGAAGAUGGCGAAUCGGAUGGUUUGCGUUUACCUGAUAAUACUUUACGUAAAACCCAGCGAUUUCGUAAUUCAACCGAUACAGCAGAACGGAGAAAAUCACGACGUCAUAGCACUGGCACCAGUCCCGGCAAUAUUAAUAAGGUGCUUCCCACAGCUGCCCGUCUAACACCCAACCAGCCUGCCUUGGAUGAAGAUAGUUCAAGUUCCACCAAUUCAGCGGAAUUUGGCAAUGGCGUUUUUGCAGAUAAAAAUCAUCGUGAUGCUGCCGGAGUUACGCCUGGUUUGCGUAGAAGACGUGAAAGAGCCGAACGACACAGAAGCUUUCUGAAAGAGCAACAAGAAGCUGCGGCAGCAGCUGUAGCUGCGGCAAAUGGUUACCUCAAUGGUCUAGAGAAACGCGAGGAACUUGGCCAACUUGUAACCGCCAUUCCAGCAACCAUUAAAAAUAUCGACAGUCCCCCGGAAUCAUUGACCAUCAUACCGGAGAGCAAUGCUGAUGCCAGAAUCCAUAAUAACAGCAAUGGCCAUGUUGGCAGUCAUGGAAUUAAUGCCGGAAGCCCUAAACAUCCCUUUAACAAUCUGGGCAAUAGCGGUCCCGCUGCUGCUGCUGCUGCUGUUAAUCCCAAUAAUAUUGCCCUGCUCAUCAAUACCAAUGCUGCUGCCAUUAAUACUCCCAACAACAGCAACACCAACAAUGCAGCACACAACAACAACACCAACCAUCACAUUAAUCUGUUGAGCCCCACCAAGCAGUUGCUGGGCACCAACACCAUUUCCAUCAUCAAUAAUUCCUUCGAUAAAUCGAACAUCAAUAAACUGCAGCAGCAACAGAAUGGCCACAACAACAAGAAGAACCUGUUCAUGGAACGCAAUGCCAUCAAUGGCAUGAAAAAGAACAUCCAUCGAAAUCAGGGCAAUGGUGUGGAGCCAAGUGAACAUCAUAACAAUAGCGAUAGCAAUCUGCUGCACUACAAAAAGUUCGAGAGCAAUACCAACCGUCUGAACUGCUAUUACAAUCAGUUCAACAAUAGUACACCAAAGAAUCAGAAUCAAAAUCAGCAUCACUCGAACAGCAACCAUCACCAGUCCCCCUCGCCUUUGUCGCCCAGCGUUCAUGUCUCCCCCAUUCACCAACACCCACAGUCCCCCGCCCCAAUUGCAUCGACUCCACUCUGUGUCCCUUCCAAUAGCUCUACAAAGUCGGCGGCAGCUAGUGCCUUGGCUGCUGUUCUAAGUCCAAAGAAAAGUUUAAAUUGUUCAAGUCCCUCAGCGACAGGUUUUGAUUUUACCCCUAAAACAUCUCCUUCCAUAGUGUCUCCAGGGGCUGUUGCGGCAGUAGCUAAGCAGCUGUUCCAGGAGAGGUCUUCGCAUGAAACGCUUUCUCCUCAAGCCUAUACUACCUCCUCGUCUGGCUGUUCGACUACGCCUCAAACUUCACCGGGCGAGUAUCCGCCUUCAACCCCCUCGAACGCUUACAAUGUCAUAACCAAUACAUCGGUGGCACCCCCACCACCACCACCGCCGCCACCACCACCAGAUUUAUUUGGCUUCUUGAGACCCAUGAAUUUUUACCAAAACAACAACAGCAACAAUCAGAAUACAACAACAUCGACAACUGGCCUUGCCUCCAGUACCGCUAAUAAUUUUUCCAAUAAUCCAAACAAUAUCAAUAAUACCAAUAACAGUAACAGUACUAUCACCAACUCAGAUGCUGUUGAUUUUCUCAAAAUUAGUGAGUCUGAAAGUGAGGACAGAAAGCGUUUACCUCAAUUGAAACGUGAUCAUACCGUUAAGGAUUUAACCCAAAAAUUAAGUAAUUUACCCACAAGUCCCACGCAUGAGGAUAAACUACAGACUCGCAUAGUGGGCGAUAUGUCGGGUUUAAUAUCGAAAGCCAAGGAGGGUUUGGCGAAGAGCAAAAGUAAAGGCGAAGUUUCAAGAGCAUCCAGUGUCGAUCAGGAGAUCAAGAAACCUGAACCGAAAAAAUCCGAAAAUGAACUUCAAUGGGAAGAGGUAGUGCGCAAUAUGGUGCGACCCCUACAACUCUGUGAUCUCGAUUUUACAGACCUCAAUUCAGAUGAUGAGAAGGAUAUUCUGGCGCCCCGAGGUAUAGGUCGUGGUGUGCCGCCACCACCACCACCCAUGGGUGGAGUGGCACUGCCACCGCCCAUGAUGCCCACACACAUAGUGCUGCCACCACCCAUGAUGUCACAGUCGAACACCAGCAAUGGCAGUGCCGGAUUUGGUUCGAGUUUAACAAACAGCCUUAACAGCUCACUAAAUGGUUCCAUAAAUGGUGAUACCAUCAAGAAAAAUAAGAAAACGGUCAAACUGUUUUGGAAGGAGGUACGUGAAGAUUUAAUACCCGUGGCUGUGGGCAAAACCAUAUGGGAUGAACUACCAGCUGCCAAUGUUGAUACUCAAAAAUUGGAACAUCUAUUUGAAUCGAGAGCCAAAGAUUUAAUGACCAAGAAACAACAAGAGAUGAAUAAAAGCAAGGAGGUCAUAGUACUCGAUCAUAAAAGAUCGAAUGCCAUCAAUAUCGCCAUGACCAAACUACCACCACCUCGAGCCAUAAAGGCAGCCAUUCUUAAAAUGGAUGCCACCGUGGUGACACGAGAGGGUAUAGAUAAACUCCUGAAUAUGUUACCCACCGAAGAGGAGAAGGGUAAAAUCCAAGAAGCACAGAUGGCUAAUCCUGAACUACCUUUGGGCAGUGCGGAGCAAUUUCUUCUGACAUUGGCAUCCAUCUCAGAAUUGGCAGCUAGAUUAAGAUUAUGGGCAUUCCGUUUAGAUUUUGAUAAUAGUGAGAAAGAAAUUGCUGAACCUUUGAUGGAUUUAAAACAUGGCAUCGAAAUUCUACGAAACAAUCCUACAUUCAAAUGUAUUCUCUCUACAUUAUUGUCAGUGGGCAUAUUUUUGAAUGGUGCCCCCGUCAAGGGUUUCCAAAUCGAGUAUUUAGCUAAGGUUCCUGAGGUUAAGGAUACCGUACACAAACAUUCUUUACUACAUCAUUUAUGCCACAUUGUCAUGGAAUCGGGUAUGGAAACAACGGACUUAUAUUCGGAAAUUGGUCCCAUAACUCGUGCUUCGAAAGCUGACUUCAACGAUUUGGCUUAUAAUCUCUCUCAGUUGGAGAAUGAAUGUAAAGCAUCCUGGGAUCGUCUGAAAUUGAUGUGCAAACAUGAUUGUCCGCCUCAAUUACAACAGAAAUUGGUGGACUUUUUGGCCGAUUGUGCAGAGAGAAUAAUCAUUUUGCAAAUUGUGCACAGGAGAGUGAUGAAUAGAUACCGCAAAUUCCUUCUUUGGCUGGGUGUACCCCAACACAGUGUUGCCGAUUCCCGUCCCAAUGAGUUCUGCCGCAUUCUUUCCGAAUUUGCUUUGGAAUAUCGCACUACACGUGAGAGAGUACAGCAGCAAAUUGAAAAGAAGGCAAAUCAUCGGGAAAGAAAUAAGACCAGAGGAAAGCUUAUUGUUGACAUAGCCAAGUUUAAAACCAAAGAAGAUAAACAAGAUGCUGAACUGAAAGAACUAUUGGGUACGCCCAGUGCUGAUAGUGCCGAUGGUACCUUGACAUGGCGUCGUCGACGUGCUGAGAAUUUGCGAUCUCCUCAAAUGCGUCAAAGUGAAGAGAAUUUCACCGAUGGCGAUGAUGAGAUAUUAGAGUCAUUGGUUAAGACUGCCACCAAAGCACCUGGAAAUCGAACAACACCCAGAGAGCGGAAGCGCACGCGUCACGCUGAUAGAAAGUCAUUGAAGCGUUCACGUACCCGCGAAGGAUUUACAGUUGAAAGAGUAACAACAGCAUAGAUUUGUUUUCCAAUCUAGCUUUUUUGAGUUUUGGCUUUAAUGUACGUCGUACUCUUAAAAACGGUCUAACCGAAGAGGAAAAACUUCAAGUUGCAGCCUUAAUAAAAACCUACUGAAAACGCAUAAAUUUGCAAAAACCAGACUGAAUUCAUCUGCAACACCACCAUCUCGGUAAAAAAUGAAGACGAUCUCAAAAUGGAAGAACUUUGAGUGGGGCUGAAUGUGGCACAAACGAAAACCCCACAUGAAGGGAGAAGAGAUUCUGCAGGCCUCUCUUCAAACUGAACAGCAAAUGGAUAAGCAGCCCCAAUAUAUAAGCGGAUUUUAAUAGGAAAAGAACGACUUUAAUGAUUUAAGAUAUAACCGAAUUUCAGCAUGUGACUAUUUAUUUAUGUAAACGAACCUUAUGACGCAUAGAUUUUUU